UUUCCGCCGCAAAACAGUCCGCAGAGAAGAAUACGAGUAUGGCAGGGUCACAGUGGAGGCCACCACGCUCAUGUGACGUCUACUGCAGUGAACUGAAGCACUGCAAGAGUUUAAGAAACAGAUUUCAUGAAUAUUACACCUACGGCAGAGCUCCAGACUGCCAGCAGUGGAAACAAGACUAUCAGAACUGUAAAGAGUGGGAGAAAAACCACAGCACACAAGCCAAGGAAUCUCUGCAAGAGAGCGAGAGGAAGCGGCUGGCCGAUCAGAGGAAGUUCACUCCGGUCUGGGAGCUUCGGCAAAACCCUCCGUCUGACUGGCAUCUGCCGCUUAACCAGGGCAAACCACAGGACCCUUAAACACACACAGGACUGCUUAUGAUGUCAGAAACGCACGAAGAAAGCACUGCCUGGAGCUGUAUGAACAUUCAGUGUAAAUCUCCUCACACUACCUCACCUGGACACGAUGCGUUUCUGCGCUGAUUUUUCUGGUGCUCAACGCAAAAUAGACUAAUCGAAAUAUAAUAAAAUCAACGUUUCAGGAUAAACAUUCGACGAGAAAGUCAAUGUAGAGCAUUGAUCUUGAACUUUUGAUCAAAAUAUAUCACAACCUCUGAUUCGUUGUUAAUCAAUAAUGCGCCAAAAUGUAUAUAUUGUUCUACUAUUGAUCAUUUAAAAUGCAGCGCUAACCUAUAUUUGUCUAAUUAAAAGAUAUUUUCAUGCUCAAUGCAAAAACAGCUUCAAAAGACUUAUCCAAAUAUAAUAACAUCAACGUUUCAGGAUGAAUAUUUGAAGUAUUAUAUAUGUUGUUCUGCAGUUGUUCAAAAUAUAUCGCAACUUCAGAUUCAUUGUUGAUCAAAAUAUGGAAUUAAUAAAAUUAAUAUUGCAUACAAGCGUUUUAUGAGUGAAUCAAUAUAGAGCCAGGAACAAGAGAGACAUUGUUGUUUUUGAUAGAAAUAUAGCGCAACUACACAUUUAUUGUUGAUUAAAAUGUAUUAAAAUAUAGAAUUAAUAAAAUAAACAUUGCAUACAAUCUUUUUAUGAGGAAGAAAUCAACUUAGCACCUAAAAGAUUAUAAUAUUUGAUCAUUUUCCAUUCAAAAUAUAUCACAAACAUAGAUUUGUCUUUAACCUCUUAAGGCCCAGGGUGUUUUUUGUACAUGCAUUUAUUUUUAUUUCUCUUUGCUAUUUAGGCUUAUUGGAACCUAAUUAGUGUCAACGCAGUGGCGCAGUAGGUAGUGCUGUCGCCUCACAGCAAGAAGGUCGCUGGUUUGAGCCUCCUGUGUGGAGUUUGCAUGUUCUCCCAGCGUUUGCGUGGGGGUGCUCCGGUUUCCCCCUACAGUCCAAAGACAUGCAGUACAAGUGAAUUGGGUAGGCUAAAUUGUCCAUGGUGUAUGUUUGUGUGUGUGAGUGAGCGUGUAUGGGUUUCCCAGAGAUGGGUUGCAGCUGGAACGGCAUCCGCUGCGUAAAACAUAUGCUGGAUAAGUUGGCGGUUCAUUCCGCUGUGGCGACCCCAGAUUAAUAAAGGGACUAAGUUGAAAAGAAAAUGAAUGAAUGAACUUAAUUAGAAUAAAAAUCUAAGUUUCAUCUUUUGAUAUGAUGUACUUUUAGAGAAAAAUGAUGUCCAUAUAUGUGGACUCAUGGUCCGAAUUUACACUAUUUCCUGACAGUUGU